AAAAGUAAAGUUAUAUCCCCACACAGAUUAUUCACCUGUUUUUCAUUUCCUCUGCUGGAUCGUUGACAUAUCUCUGAAAACCAAACUGUUUUGUUCACCACUUUUCUCUGGGAACCAGAAAAGCAGCAGCACUUCUUCAGAGAACUCCAAGUUAAACUACAGAUUUCAGUUCCACUUUGAGAAGAUGAGGCUGUGUCUCCUGCUCUGCAUCCUUUGUGUUAUUGCUGCUAUUGGCUACAGUCAGCAUUCAGAUAAAAUAGAAGUUCCUGGACCACUGGGACCACCAGGACCACCGGGACCACAAGGGGAACCAGGAGCUCAAGGGUUUCCAGGAGAUCCAGGGAUUCCAGGGGCACCAGGACCACUAGGGGCACCUGGAGCUCGAGGGUUUCCUGGAGCUCCAGGGGAAAAAGGAGAACCAGGAACACGUGGACCUGUUGGAUCUGCUGGAGUUAGAGGAUUUCCAGGGGAGAGAGGACGUCCAGGAUUACCUGGACCUGUUGCAAUGUGUGAAAGAGAUUUAAUUACACCUCUUUACCAGGACCUUGAACCAUUAAAGGAGGCCGUUGCUAAAUUAGACCUUGUCACAACCUACGACUUUGUCAAGAGGGUUGGCCAGAAAUAUUUCGUGUCCCACAGGGAGACGGGCUCGUUCUCGGGGGCUGUGGAGUUCUGCUCCAGUCAAGGCCUAGAGCUGGCUUUGCCACAGAACGAAGACGAGAACAACAUGUUGACCCGGGUGUUUGGUGAAACUGUCAAAACGGCCUGGAUCAGCGUCAACCAUAUGAAAUCAGAGGGGGACUUUACUACUGAUGUGAAAAACCGACCUCUGGUCUUCACCAAAUGGGCAGAAGAACAGCCAGAAAGAUCCAUCCAGGACACGGGCUGCAGCUUGCUGUCAGAAAACGGCAGGUGGCGGGUGACACGUGAUUGUUCUCAGAAGGCUUUUAUUGUUUGUCAGGUCCAGUAGAGCUCCUCCAGCAGGCGGAAACAGUUUCUACAAUGAACAAAACCGUCAUUUCUUACAGAUAAGAAAUUAAACAAAUAGCUUAAUUAAUAUUGUUAAUAUUACUAAUGCUAUUGUAUUGAUGACAUAUGCUAACUUUCUUUUUUAUGAUUAUGUUCAAGGUGACAGCGCGACGUAUAAACGCCUGUGAACUUACCAAAAUAAGAUUAACCCAAAUAUGUUUGCUGUAUGUUCUGUGACGCGGGAUCGUUUGGUGUGUUUAUUUUGUGUCUAGCGUUAAAAUGACCACAGCGCGUGUAGCUUACCAAAUUAUUGACGUAUUUUUUAACUGCGCCUCCCAGUAAGUUUUGAACGUACUUGUAUAUAUCCAACGUUUAACAUACGACUAUUUUGAAAGAGCCUUCAGUCGGAAGUGACAAAAGAUGUACCGUAGCUUUUUGUGUUGUGUCCCUUCAGCAGGAUAAGAUCUGUGUCCUUUAAUGGAACAAAGAAUAAAACAGCGUUACAUUGCGAACAAGCAGAUAUUUGCAAUAUCAACAUACGUAAAGUAUUAUAUCAUAUAUCCCUAUCAAAUAAAUAAAUUAUUAGCUAUGUAGAGAUUAUGUUAAAUAGGCUUGUGUGCGAAUGUCACAUAACAAGCAGAGUGGCGCAGCGGAAGCGUGCUGGGCCCAUAACCCAGAGGUCGAUGGAUCGAAACCAUCCUCUGCUAAUGUUUUUGUUUUUUGGUUUUGUUCGACAUCUUUUUGUCCAUUCCAAAAUGUAUCGUCAACAAUUAUAUUUUGCGGUAAAGUUUUUCUUUUUUAAAACGUAAAUAAUUCUUUAAUAUCAA